AUGAAUUUGAAAAUAGAUUCAUGUAGUGGACCCCAAAUAGAUGACCCAAUGACCAUUCUUCUUGCAAAACAUGGAACGGUUGGGGUGGAGAUUCUGGGGACAAAAGAUUCCCGCCAACAUUAUAUAUACGAGUUACCCACAUUUCCCCAUAAUUCAAUCUUCCAUAUUCUGCUUUCUGGAAUCUGCAAGGAUAAACAAAAAGUUUCAAAGAUGGAACAUUUUGGUGAUCUAGGAGAUCAAACCUCCAUUACCAUCGACAAAAACGAAAUUCCACUUUCUGAUUCGGAAGAUGAUUCGUUUUCUUCUCCCAUUUUCGAGGAAUUUAGGGUUUUCAAAGAAAAUGGAUUGACUAGAGUACAUGAAAGAAGCAAAUGUUAUGAAAUCCUCACUGGAUGCGUUGCUCAAGGUAUGGGAAACAAUGUGGCGGCUGUUCAUAAAAUCCCAUGGUCUAAUCCCAAUGGGCGCUUAGAAGCCUUCCGCAUUUCCUCAAUUGAGAUGGUGAAGAAAUGUGGAGGAAAUGGUAACGUAAAACAUGCCUGGUAUGGGGGAUUAAGGGACGAAAUAUGUGGAAUUAUAUUCCAUGGAUUCCAAAGAUGUCGACAAUCGGACAAUGGUGAGGAUGGCUUUGGGGUACAUUUGUAUCCACUGGAGUUUGUUAUGGAUGGGUUAUUGUCGUCAGUUGAGGAUGAAUAUGGGCUCCAGCAUAUAUUGCUGUGUAACGUAGUAUUGGGGAAAAUGGAGGAAGUACGUCCUGGUUCGAAACAAUUCGAACCAAGCUCUAUCGAAUUUGAUUCCGGAGUUGAUAGUCUUUUGAGACCAACAAGGUUCAUACUUUGGGAGGCUUACAUGAACUCCCGCAUCUUUCCCAGCUACGUCGUUAGUUUCAGGGCUUUCAAUGGCAGAGGUUUCGGAAGGGAUCAAACUCCUGUAUACAAGCCCAAUACACAAUGUGUAGGGUUUUCUGUUUUGAUUCCCAAGCUGGCAAAUGUCUUACCUCCUUCAAAAAUGGCGUUGAUACGUAAAUAUCAAAGCAUAUUCCGUGAAAAAAAGAUCUCACGAGCCCAAUUGAUCCAUAGAUUGCGGCAACUAGCUGGAGACGAGUUGUUAAAUGAUGUGAUCAAGUUAUAUACUAACAAGCAUUUGGAGACACUUUAUGACAUGUAA